UAGAAGUUGAGUUGGUAAUAAAACCUGGUUGCAAUACUAAAAUCUUGAAAUUAAAAUUGGAAAUGAGUUGAAUGAAAAAUGUGUGAUUCAAGUUUGAAGAUCUUCUUGAAUGAGGCUCCAGCCGCAUAGGGGGGAGUGCGUGUGAAAAUCGAUGCCUGGCUUUGAACGAUUUCUUAGUUUGUAGAUAUCUCACUUCUUAGAAAUUGACUAUUUAUCCAGAAUUACAUAAUUUUUGAGUUAUCAAGCUUUUUCCUAAUGCUAUGACUUAUCUUCAUGGAUUGAUAAUGUUGCUACACACUCAGUUUGAGAUAAUGUUAGAGGGAAUAGGUCUAAAUAUAUUGCCACAGAUUUCUCACAGGCUCUCUUCUUUGUUUUGACAGCGGGGUAGUUUGACGGCCGCACAAGGUUAUCUUUAGUCCCAUGACCUGUUAUGUCUCGUCACGACAUUUGUUAAUUGUAGCACGCCAGAAAGCCAGUGGGGGGGAGUCAUGUAUAAGCAGUGAUUAGUAAGUGUAGCUUUACGUCAUCAGUAAGUUGAUGGCUUUUGAGUAUAAUCCUGACUUAUACAGGAGUCCUCCUCUGGCUGCCAUGCAUGAGGCUGGGUGUUUACUUAACAGUCGUAGAGACAUUUUCAGAGAAUUUUAAUUGAAGCGAGUUGCCCACACUUGUCAUGGAUGUCUGACUGAGGUGGGAAGUACAUAUAGUACUGAAUCCUACCAAGUCAUUCCAACUAAAUUCAUGAAAAUCUGGCAUGCUAACUGACUAUAUACAAUGGGGAUUUAGGUUUUCCCAAAGGGCCUUAACUGUGCUGUAAGUUAUCAACCUGGUAUCCUAGUUGUAUUUUCUUGCCAGCUAAGGCAAGCCAUUUUCUAUGUCAAUGGCAAGUGUGUUGCGACCUUUCAAUUAAUAUGUGGUGGCAGGCGGCAAGACGAAGAUGAAGAAAAAGAAGGUACCUGGAGCUAAAAAUCUCAAGAUUCGACGAUACGUGCAGCCCAAAAACGCUGUUAUGUGCCUCAAUGAGUUACGACCAGGUGUGGCUUAUACAACUGAACAGGAAGGAGGAGUCGGCCAGCCAUUCUGUAUCUCGGUGGAAAUUACUAAUGGGAAUGAGACGCAGAAGUAUCGUGGGUUUGGCUCAUCCAAGCAACUAGCUAAGCAGGCCGCAGCAGAAGCCGCUCUCAUAAGUUUUGUAAAACCGCCAGUCAAUUCAAACCCUUCGGAAGGCCCAGAGGAGGACAAGACUCCUUGGGCAACACUUGCAUCGUUUGCUAUCUACAAGCUUUUCAAUGACUGGCGUGAGGGUCGAGUGGGCAUGUGUCCCCCUCCAGCCCAGCCAUAUGGUGCUGCCCUGCCACCUGAACUAACUGCCUCUGACGCCACAGGUUUCCAAGCUUUCUUGGGUCAGUCUCUUGGAGGAGCAACAGGUAUUAAAGAGGAUUCGGCUCAAGGAACGACAACUGCAUUUACAGAAGCCAUUUGUGCCCAUCUUGGUACAAGGGCUCUUCUUACACCUGCUGAUGCCAAGGAAGCAAAUUUGGCUUUACAGUCAACAGAGGCUACGAAAGUGCCAAAACCUGCUAAACAGAUGCCUGAGAAUGCAGCAGCCAUGCAUCCCGUCAUGGUUCUGCAUCAGAUGAAGCCAGGCCUGCAGUAUACUGUAACCCAGGCCACAAAGGAGAACAAACCUUAUUUCACAGUUUCUGCUGAUAUUGAUGGGAAGCCAUUUACGGGAGUAGGUCAUAAUGUGAAGAAAGCGAAGUUUAUUCUUGCCAAAGAAGCCAUUCAAGACUUGUAUGGCAUUGAUUCAACCUUCGAAGCUCCAGCUUAACAUGAAUGCUCUUUUUUGAUGUCUUAAGAAAUAAUUUUUUUUUGAUAUUUGCUAUUGAUUAAAGUUGGAACACUUCGAAAGUCAUUGCGUGUGGUUCACUUGCUUCUGCUUGCAGUGAUCUCUUACUUUUUGUUAUUGAAUGUGGUCUAAUAACUGCAGGGUCACAUUUUGUUCCUCCACACUUUACCAAUAGAUAAUGCUAUCUAUUUCACAGUUGUCAGUUUAGUUAGAUACAACAUUAUCUGGUUUAGUUUGUGUAACUUUACCACAUUACAUACAAAAAGAAAAUAUCUGUUAAUGGAUAUUCUAUACCAUCUUAAUUAAGGAGGGCAUUUUAAUAUUAUAGCUGUAUGUUAGAAUUAACUGUGCAUGUAAAUGAUGGAACUUUACACAUUUACUCUGAAGCCAAAAAAAUCAAAUACAUUCUUUACUAAUUUGUUUCUGGUAUUUUACUAUAUUGUAGUAUACAUGUAGUUUGUGUUUACGAUCAUGUUUCAGAAUCUGAAAGAAUAAAACUGAAGACGUGAGAAA